CACUAUGGUAUUUCCAUCCUCCCCAGCUCCGGCGCAGAGGAUAGCACCAGGCACCUCAGAGAUGAUGAGUUACUACAUGGACACAACCAUUGGCAACACGGGCCCUUAUCCUUUGGCUCGCCCUGGAGUGAUGAAGCAAGGUGCUGGCAGCUGCUAUGAGGACCCCUGGAUGCCGUGCAGGCUUCAGUCGGUCUGCUGCCCACCCAGGGCCUGCUGCCCGCCGUGGGACGAGGCGGCCAUCCAGGAGGUGCCCACCGGCCUGGAGCACUACAGCACAGAUAUGGAAUGUGCAGAUGUGCCUUUGUUAACCCCCAGCAGCAAGGAAAUGAUGUCUCAGGCACUGAAAGCCACCUUCAGUGGCUUUGCAAAGGAGCAGCAGCGGCUGGGAAUCCCCAAAGAUCCCCAGCAGUGGACAGAGACGCACGUGCGGGACUGGGUGAUGUGGGCAGUGAAUGAGUUCAGCCUGAAGGGAGUGGAUUUCCAGAAGUUCUGCAUGAACGGAGCUGCCCUCUGCGCCCUGGGCAAGGAGUGCUUCCUGGAGCUAGCGCCUGACUUUGUGGGAGAUAUCCUUUGGGAACACCUGGAGAUCUUGCAGAAAGAAGAGGCAAAACCGUACCCGGCAAACGGAGUGAAUGCUACGUAUCCAGAAUCCCGCUAUACUUCAGACUACUUCAUUAGUUAUGGCAUUGAGCACGCACAGUGCGUGCCUCCCUCCGAAUUCUCCGAGCCCAGCUUCAUCACAGAGUCCUAUCAGACCCUCCAUCCCAUCAGCUCGGAAGAGCUUCUGUCCCUCAAGUACGAGAACGACUAUCCCUCAGUCAUCCUGCGUGACCCCGUCCAGACGGACUCCCUGCAGACAGACUACUUCACGAUCAAACAAGAAGUGGUAACGCCGGACAACAUGUGCAUGGGACGUGCCAGUCGAGGUAAACUGGGUGGCCAGGACUCCUUUGAGAGCAUAGAGAGCUACGACAGCUGCGACCGCCUGACGCAGUCCUGGAGCAGCCAGUCCUCCUUCCAGAGCCUGCAGCGCGUCCCCUCCUACGAUAGCUUUGACUCGGAGGACUACCCCACCGCCCUGCCCAACCACAAGCCCAAGGGCACCUUCAAGGACUAUGUUCGAGAUCGGGCUGACAUGAACAAGGACAAGCCUGUCAUUCCUGCCGCUGCCCUCGCUGGCUACACAGGCAGUGGACCCAUCCAACUGUGGCAAUUCCUGCUGGAGCUGCUCACUGACAAGUCCUGUCAGUCCUUCAUCAGCUGGACGGGCGAUGGCUGGGAGUUCAAACUUUCUGAUCCAGAUGAGGUGGCCAGGCGGUGGGGCAAGAGGAAAAACAAGCCCAAGAUGAACUAUGAGAAGCUGAGCCGUGGUCUGCGUUACUAUUACGACAAGAACAUCAUCCACAAGACGGCCGGCAAGCGCUACGUCUACCGCUUCGUCUGCGACCUGCAGAGCCUGCUGGGCUACACGCCGGAGGAGCUGCACGCUAUGCUGGACGUCAAGCCAGAUGCUGACGAGUGAAUUCUGAAGAGUUUAUGGGACUUCAUUUCUUUUUUUUUUUUUUUUUUUUUUUUGCUUUUUUCGUUAUUUUUUUGGUUAGAGAGCAACUCAGAUUUGAUGCUUCGAGGAUGUUGGGAGAGAGGGUGGCGGGUGAGUCGAACUUCUGGUUGGAAUAACCUUAAAAGUUUGGUUCGGAGAAGGAUGAGCCUUUGCUGAGAACUCCAGGACAGGCUUAUUUGGGUGAGAUUCUGAGUUUUAAGAAAGCCAGAAAAAUGUAGCUCACUUUAAAAAGAAAAAGAAAAAAAAAGAAAAAAAAAAAAGAAAAAAAA